AUGAAUCAAGAGAUAUCGGUUCCAGUGACCCCUCUCCCCAAGAGUGUCAAAGUCCGUUCGACGUGCAAUGCGUGCCAGCAGGCCAAGAUCCGUUGCAGCCACGAGAAGCCGGCGUGCCGUCGAUGUCUGAAGCAGAAUCUCGUUUGCAUAUAUAGCGUAUCUCGUCGAUUGGGAAGGCCGGCGAAGAAGCGAGACCCUCGGCAAGAGAACGAUCAACGAUUCUGCGACGACGCUGAGGGUCCCUCUCUUCCAUCGAAUCGAAAAGCACGAAGUCCCAGGAAAAAGAUCAAGGACGAAGCUGUUCAACGGAAGAUGCAUGAUAAAGGCGUGUCUCUGGACAACGUCGAUCGGAUGCUCCUAGACCAGGUCGCGUUCGACGAUGCAAUGAUGGAUGACAUCCAGGCGGACGCCUUCAUGCAGAACUCGUGCUUCCUGGGUGGAGAAAAGGGGUCACCAUUCUCAGCCGAGCUGCCCCAGGACCGCAAUAUCCUCGAUCUCCAUCCCAGUAUGGAUACAAUGGCGGCCAACGAGAUGGCCGGUUAUACUACGGGAUUUCAACCUGGCUUGUCAACGGCACCAGACCCCAUAUCCUCGGGGCACUCUUACAGUCCACUAAACCCGUUUACAAGUGCGAACGAAAGUCUACUCGAGGCGACAUCCUGUCUCGGAUCGCUCAAACGAGAAGCCCUGGCAUUCACACCGCCGAUCUCCGCUCUGGAACGUCUUACAAACAACUCCACCACGGCAGAGGCUUCUUGCAAAACAGGCCCAACGGACGUCCCACGGACGAGUCGCGACUAUGUAUUCUCGGCGGAUGCAGGAAGGACGAAUUUCAAAAUCACUAACCCAGCUCCUUCUCGUCCACUGCAGUGCCAAUGUCACCAAUGUCACGAGCAGAUUGUCAAAGAGCUCAUUCGCUUCAAUAUAUGCGCCUGUCGCACGGGUCCAGAUGUCACCAUCGACUCCAUCCUGAGUAGUCAACGGCUACUUCAGCAGCUCGCCGAUACAAUCCUGCAAUGCGGCACGUGCUCGAAAUCAGGAGUAAAUCUGCUCAUGGUGGUGGUUGUCAGCAUUGACAGUUUGGUCAGCGCGUUAGAAGCAAUCAUCUCUGUGGAAAAUGGGUUGAUGGACGGCUUGUUUCCCGACUUUCAUGAGUAUCACGCAUACAGUUUCUGUCGGGAUAUCUCUUCAACUCCUACUAGUCGCUGGAACAAAGGAGGCGGUUACCAUAUCAAGGCUCAGGUCGAGUCAUGCCCCUUGCUCGUGGGUGGAUUCUGUGUGCCUGGAGACGAAAAGUUUUCGUUCGUGCUCCAGGUUUUGCACAGUCGCUUAUCGGGGUUGCUGAACACCAUCCGCCGUAUUCGCCUAUGCGCGCAGGAUGUGCUAGAUAUCCCAGCGUCAAGGGGGAAACUGGUGCUGGUGACUGAGACGGAUCGCAGGUUGCAACUGAUUAUGAUGAAAAUGAAGAUGUUAACCAAAAGGUGA